AUGUUUGGACCACAACUUCUCGGAGGAUCAUUAGGCGGCGGUUUCGGACAACCACAAUGGGGUAGUGCUGGAGGAUUUCCUAGUACGUUUGGCGGUGGAUUUAAUCAGGGUGGAUUCUCUCAGAUGGGAGGAGGAUUUGGUUUACCAUUUAGUGGAUUUAAUCAAGGAACAUUUGGCGGAGGAAUAGGAGGUAUGCCAGGCGGAUUUAGUAUGAAUCCUGGAGGACUUGGUGGUGGCAUGGGUGCGUUCGGUGUGGGAGGAAUGGGUGGUACAAGUGGAUUUGGAUGGUAA